AUGGCAAGAAGGAAUCACGGCCGCAGGUCACCCCGUAGAGAAGAGAGACGAGCCUUCAGGCCCCCUUCCUCGAUCUCGACGAUUCCUCGCGGCAAUGGACCGAAAGACCUAAAAGAAGCGCUUGUCCGCUACCCGGAACGCGUACCCGAACUGGUGCAGAGGAAGAAAUGGCCCUUCGACAGGGCUCUUAUUCGGAAGGCGGCAACGACCGAUUACACGCCCAAAGUGUUUCGUGCCAUUGCGACGACUCUUGCAGGCCAGCGGAAGCACAUUUUGCACAAGGGCCGUCUACUCCUUCCACAACGUGAUCUGUACAAGAUCGGCAUACGCCCCAGACACCACAUUCUCGACGGGCAGGCCAUUGUUGUGGCGAAAAGGUUACAGCAGCACAAGAAACUUGAGGAGGCAGAGCUCGGAUACUAUUUCCCAGAUUGGAUGUGGGCUAGCUGUGGGACGUCCGUGUAUUAUCUGGUCGAGUGCAACCGCGAGGCAGCAAUGAUGCUCCAUCAGGCUGGAUUCACGGAAGUGGACCAGGUCGACAACCUUGGCCACUCGCCCAUUAGUGCGUUGGAGAUACCGAAGCCCGGAAAGAUUUACCAUGGGACAUACCAUCCAGGGACCUUGUCUGAUUGCCUCAAGAGUUACCUCGAAAUGUGCGCGUGGUAUGAAAAGAAGGGUGCAAGGUUGAAUCGCGCGUUCGGUUUGUAUCACCAAACGCCCCUGCAUCACAUUGCCGGCCGAAUUGGAGAGUGUUCCGCUUCGAUAUUGGCCAGCUGGUAUAGAGAGUACGGGAACGGCGAUCAAGGAACCACGACACGUCAGUUUGUCGCCGACUGGAUCAACUUGGUUAAGCCAAUGGAAAUGGAGUCCGACAUUCUGAGACGAAUACUGAAAGACACAGACUAUCGUGACCUGCUCGCCUGUCCUUGUGGCGAGGGCCUUCCUUAUAAACGAGACAAUACUUGGACUUCGCUCGCCGAAAGAAGUAUCCUUGCUGGCAACCAUGCUUCUCAAAGCCGCUUGCCUACCAGACACUGA